AUGGAAUCGGGUGCAGUGAUGGACCGAGUUUCGGCUGGACCUUUGCCCCUGCAGCGAGCACGUGAGAAACUUUCCAGCCUACAGAGUGGCUCAUCCACUCCUACAAGCAGCCUUCGAACCACAACAGUUCGAUCUGGUUCGCCACCGUCCCCCACAGCUUCUUCAAACACGUCGAGGCAGGACGGCGCCGAGGAGCCUCGCGGAGAGGGCCAAGGCGUGGAUGCGAGAACCCCCAAGGUAUUGUGGGCAGCGACCCCAACACCAAAGGCAACUGAGGCCCCGUACAGCUUCGCCUUGCCGCCCACCGAAUCUUCGGCAUUCUUGAAUGCAGAUGCGAAAGUCUUUGUGCCGGUGGUCCAGCAAUGUGGGAAUGGCCCAGUGUCUGCGGCCUCGGAGGAUGCGCCUGACCAUGUCCAGAACAACGAAUAUGGCUCGGAGCAUCUGGAAGCCCAGGCUGUUAUGAUGGCGGAAUCCGUCCUGGGCCUUGACUCUGAAGGAUUGCUCAGCCCACCGGCUCCGGACACGGGAAGCCAAGAGCCAGUGCCGACGGGACCAGUGCCGUCAAAGGGCUCGGCUCUUCACCGCUCCGGCCAGUGCCGCCCAUGCGCCUGGAUGUGGAAGCCCAAGGGUUGCCAAAACGCGGAGAAUUGCGAGUACUGCCAUCUGUGCCCCGAGGGAGAACUCAAGCAUCGCAAGAAGCUGAAAAUUGCAGCAAUUCGUAUGGGAGCCCUCGGGCCAUCCUCUCACGAGAGGGCUGGAAAGGCGGCACCUCGAAGAGAUUUGAAGCUCUCGUCUCUGCUAUGA